CUACAGUGAAUACGCCUAUUGCGGGAGUGACGCUGGAUUCUGCGGCGCUGGCUGCCAAUCUCAAUAUGGGCUGUGUGGUAUGCCAAUACCACCUUCUUCAACGUCACCAGCUCUACUUGUAAGCAGUGUCAUGAAUGUGAUGCAGAUAUCAUCGACUUUAGACAUCAACAUUAUACCCUCUGCCUCGCCCACGCCUUCUACCCCUUCAGGCCUGACACCAACGGACGACGGCGUUUGUGGCAACGGUGUUACGUGUCUAGGCUGGCCAGAUGGACAAUGUUGCAGCGAAUAUGGCUACUGUGGAAGCGAUGCGGGCUUCUGUGGCAUUGGUUGUCAAUCCGAAUUUGGCAUUUGUGGAAUGCCUGCACCACCCUCGUCAUCAUUGCCUCCAGCAGUACCAAGCAGUACCAUUGCCGCUCCCGCUAUGUCAUCAUCUGCAGCACCCAACUGCCCGUCGUCAGCAUCACUCGAUGCUUAUAAUUGCGGUACCUACUAUACCGAAACAGGCACCUAUGCCGGUUUUGUCUGGGAUCAACUAUUCAUCGGCUCAUGCCUCACAGAAGAUCCAAACAACCCAGGCAACGACCCAGAGUCUCCUGCCAUCACAAACGAAAUCGCAUCGGGGACUACUGCAGCUAUGUUGGCUGGUGCGUGCGGCUACUUGAACGCUUGCAUGAACUGGGCAAUUCCUCAGGCUUAUGAUAAUGUGGAUUUCCAUCUAUUGCAAGAUACUGCUGACACGGCACAUUGGGAAUGUGUGGCGUAUUAUGAUAAUGCGGGGGGCAAUUACUUCGAUGUCACGAAUUACAAUGUCCUGCUCGCUUAUGGGUAUGAUGUUGAAUAGAGAAGGCUUCAAGUCUGGAUGAAAGAAGAUCGAGGUCAGUGCCAAUGAGCACUCACACCUUAGCGUGAAUCUUGAGAGUUAGAUGUAAUUCCAAGCUGGGUUCCACUUCAGUCAAAGAAAUGUUUUCAGCGAACAGCUAUUAGUCUGAUAAUUAGCUAAAUCAAUUCCAUAUGAAAAUUGGUAAUAGUAGAC